AUGUGUGGUAUCUCCGCUGUCGUUUCGCUCUCGGCCAAGCCUUUGGAUUUGAGCAUCACCAGCAACGGGAAUCAUGUCGAUACAUCACAGCCGUUGACCUCGAAACUUGAUCAGAGUCUCGAAACGAUCAAGCAUCGAGGUCCUGAUGCUUGCGACACAUGGACAAGUAAGGAUGGCAGAGUCGCUCUCGGUCAUGUUCGACUCGCUAUCAACGACUUGAGCCCAGACGGAGAGCAACCCUUCCACUCCUCGGACGAUCACAUACACGCAGUCGUCAACGGAGAGCUUUACGAUGCCGAUACCAUCCGUCAGAGACUUGUCAAAGAAGCUAGCUCCACAUUCAAAGGCAAGAGUGACUGCGAGAUUGUGAUUGCUCUCUAUCGAGUCUAUGGAACAUCUUUUCUGAGACACUUGCGCGGCGAAUUCGCGCUCUGUUUGUACGAUUCAAGAACCAAAUUCUUCAUCGCUGCACGUGAUCGCUAUGGAAUCAAGCCACUGUUCUUCACCCAAAUCGAUGGCAACCUGCAUGUUGCGGCAGAGAUGAAGGCUUUCCGUCCGUUCGGCUGNGAACCCAAGUGGGACGUGAGAAGUGUCCUUGACCAUAAANNACCUGGGUCCUACUUCACAUGCGACGCAACGGGAUACGUCGAGCACAUAAACUAUUGGGAUGUAGAAUAUCCCGACAAGGUUGGUGAAGUCGAUCUUGACAUCAACGCUUUUCUGACGUAUACANNGUAUGUUGUCGAGCACAGAAGCGAGGAAGAACUUAUCAAUGGCGUGCGAGAACGAUUACUGGAUGCUGUGCGUGUCAGACUACGGGCAGAUGUACCGGUCGGAGUUUUCCUCAGUGGUGGCAUCGACUCGUCCGUCAUCGCUGGGAUGGUGACACACUUGGUCAAGACAGAAGGUGUGAAGCUCGGAAGCAACGAAGGCAUGGCCAACAUUCAUUGCUACACCGUCGGAUUUGAUGAGGACAGCGGUUUUGAUGAGUCUGAAAUUGCUAGAAGGACAGCCCAGUUCUUGGGCGUCAACUUCCACAAGACGCACAUGUCAGAGCAGGUCUUGGCCGACAAUUUUGAAGAAGCCACUUGGCACAAUGAACAUACAAUGCCCGAUCUCAAUUACAUCGGCAAGUUUGUUCUGUCCAAAGCUCCACGCGAGCACGGAGUCAAGGUUGUCUUGACCGGCGAGGGUGCUGAUGAACACUUUGGAGGCUAUCCAGCCUUUCUCUCUGAUUACUUCGCCGAGUUUGAUCACACUUGGCCAGAAUACAACCUUACCGACGCCGAACGNCGCUGCGAUCUGGAAAGACCCCAAACAUCAGUCAAGUCAUUUCUNUCCAAGAUCAAGAACGCAGCAGAGGACGGCAACAAAUCCAAACUGACCAGUCCCGCGAGCAUGCAACUCAACAACAUCAGCACUCUCGAGUCUAUCGGCGCAAAAUUCCCCAGUGUUUUCAAUGACUGGACCGCCGAGUUGGGCGAGUAUGAUCCUAAGGAGAGCAUUGCAAACAAUGUAGAUGGUCGCGUCAAGGGUCUGAUAGCCGAAAAGUGGCAUCCCCUCCAUACGGCGGAGUACAUCUGGACGAAAGGCUUCCUUGCCAAUGCAAUCCUCACUUCUUUGGGUGAUCGUGCAGAGAUGGCGCAUAGCCUUGAGGCGAGACCACCCUUCUUGGACCAUCCCUUGACUGAGUACGUCAAUCAAAUACCGCCUAGCUUGAAGAUUCGAUGGGAUCCAACCGAGCAACGAGCGACAGAGAAGUGGAUUCUUCGCGAAGCUUGCAAGCCGUUCAUCACAAAAGAGAUCUAUGAGCGCAAGAAACACGUAUACUCGGCACCGCCAGCAUGGCCUAUUGACGGGCCUUUGCACAAACUGAUGAAGCGAUUGAUCACGCGAGAGAACAUCGAUCAGUUGGGCUUCGUGCAAUGGGACAAGGUCAAGGGCAUUGUACCAAAUGCUUUCGAGAACCGUGAUGAGUCGAGCUUCAGACUGUCUUGGACCCUCGCUCAGUGGGUUGUGCUCAGCAAGAGGUUUGGAGUCAAAAGAGCCGAGCCCUCCGUGUAG